AUGGACAUCGAUCCACGGUUGCGACCAACAAACGAAAGGCGGAAAGAUGACGAUUAUAUCAAACGCUCUGACGGCCGUACGUCUGGAAAUGGACCCAAUGACACAAGCGACUACAAUGUCUCCCCCGAAUCGUCGAACGAUCAAUUGCACGACUCGACGCCUUCGUCCCACGACAAUAACCCGCAGACCGCCGGAGAAUUCGGGAAUUAUUUGAAUGAAAUGUCAAUUGGGUUCACCGGUGCUGUCCAUGACAAUGACCAGCUUGGGGAUUUGAAACGGCCGCGCGCCUGCGAAGCUUGUCGUCAGUUGAAGGUUCGGUGCGAAUUCGAUAGCGACCACCCAUCAGCUUCGUGUAAGCGAUGUGCGAAGGCGAAAAGGCAGUGUGUUAUCACAGCCCCUUCGCGCAAACGGCAGAAAAAAACGGACAGCCGGGUCACGGAGUUGGAAAAGAAAAUAGAUGCUCUUACGGCUAGCCUACAGGCUUCGAAAAGAGCUGCAAGUGCGUUCCCAGAUGACGCGUCGCAGGAAGAAGCUGGUCCUCCUCCUCGUCGCUGGCUUGGAGGUGGGCCACCACCUGCACCACGCUCUGGCUCUGGUGCGUCGCCCACUUUGCGGGUAAAACGUACUGCUAGCGGGGAUUCAAAGCCACAUAGAAAGGCGCCUUACCAAGCUGGUCUCUUCGCACCAUUUGCACGCGAAGAUUCUUCGGCGCGGGAAGAAAAUAACGAGGCAUUCUGGCACCAGGCUCAACCGUCCGGCGCUGUACAGUUUUCUGACAAUGCCAACGAGUUCGCCGAUCUGAUUGAUCGCGGAGUGAUUGAUGUCGAGACUGCUUCCAAGGCCUUUGACCGCUAUGUGAACGAAAUUGCUCCGACAUUGCCGAUCGUCGUCUUCCCGCCGGGCACAAGUAUGGCGUCUGUACGCCGAGAGAAACCCACAUUGUUCCUCGUCAUUUUGUCUAUUUCCAUCAGCCCCUUUCGACCAGAACUGCAAAUGCCUCUGACAAACGAUGUUCACAGGAUAUUUGCGGACAAGGUUGUCGUCAAAGGUGAAAAAUCAUUGGAAUUGGUGCAGGCAAUUGUCAUGUCGUGUACGUGGUACAACCCACCUGAUCAUUUCGAAGAACUCAAGUUUUUCCCCUUCAUCUACAUGGCCGUGGUGAUGGCGCUAGAUAUCGGUAUGGGUCGCGUGACGAGGAGAAAAGGCAAUAAACAGCUUGGAAUGCUGCGAGAGAUAAUGGGCCCCAAGAACAGAAGUUCGAUGGACCCGGAUGCUGUGGAAACAAGACGCGCGUGGCUGGGGGCUUAUUUCCUUGCAGUAAACGCAUCAAUGGCCCUUCGCCGGCCAUUGCUUUGUCGAUGGCAUCCGUAUAUGGAUGAGUGUAUUGAGAUAUUGCAAACCUCACGAGACGCACUACCGUCUGAUCAAGUUUUGAUCCAUUGGACCAAGUUAUCGCAUAUUGCGGAAGAAAUCGGCUUUCAGUUCUCAAUGGAUGAUCCGUCUAGUAGCGCUUCCUUGAUGGAUGCUAAGGUUCAGUUUGCGUUGAAGGGAUUUGAGAAUCAACUGGACCAAUGGCGUCGUGAGAUAGCACCAGAGAAUUAUACUCUUUUGUUGAAACAUGCAGAGUGUGUGGUCAAUAUAUAUAUGCACGAGAUUUCAAUGCACGUUGAUCACAACAUUGACGAUUUCAAGCCCCCUUUCAUUGGCGGCUUGAAGGGCGAGGGCAAAAUCGCGAAUGUCACAGCAGCACAAAUCGAUGCCCUGACAGCGUGCUUGACGUCAAUUCAUAGAUCAAUGGACACAAUAGCAUCGUUUGACUACGAUACAAUCGUUUGCCUCCCCACGGUCUAUUUUGCCCGAACUGCAUACGGCUUUGUCGCUCUUCUCAAGAUGUAUUCAGCUAUCUCUCAGGAUAAUGGCCUCGGUCUAGUCUUCUCAUCACAGGACCUCAAAGCCGAGCAAUAUCUCGACAAAGUAAUAGCGCAUCUGAAAAUAAGUGGGAGCAAACCAGGCGGCCGAACGGCGGGAAAGUUCUGUAUGAUAUUGAAUUUAUUAAAGAAUUGGUUUGUCAACCGGAAACUGGAGCAAGCGAAGUCAAAACCUGGCGAAAAUGCCCAGGGUGACAGGACUACACUGCGUCCACCUUCCAGCGAAGCUGGCGUAGGAUCCUCGCAUUCACCCAAGGAUACCUCUCAGCACUCGACACCAGUCGGCAUGGGCGCAGCCACUUCAACCCCGGCCGUGCUACCAGUGAGUACUGGUGCAACGCCGGCCAGCACAUCCUCCCAUCAAUGGACCGCAUACGGUGUCCCAGUGACCACCGACCCCCCAUCAACCGCAUUCAUACCACAAGGCUUCGACAUGAAUAACCAACAGCCCGGAUUCGACGCAGCCAACCCAAUGAUGACCAACAUGAUGGCGGCCAACGCAUCACAGGUCGAAUUCGCUGGCUUUGUGCCAGAACUCGGCCUGCAAAUGCCAUUUGACCCUGAAGGCUUGUUUUCGAUUGGGACGAUGCUUCAUGAUGGGUUUUUCGACCUACCAAUUGAUGAUAAUAGUAAUUUCUUCCCCGGAUGA